UGUGGCUCUGUGUGGUUUGCAUAGAUAAUCGUUCAUAUGAAUCCUUGCACAUCUGUCUCUGUCCUCCAUGUGGAACAGAAUAGAGCAUUAGCUAUUGCCAAAGACUGUCAGUACAGAAAAUCAACCAGAUGGGUUCUUUUGUCUUUACAGUUAUGAAUGAUAUCAUCACAACCAUGUUCAAUAAAAAGUUUAUGGAAGAACUGUUUAAACCACAGGAACUCUAUUCCAAAAAGGCUCUGAGAACAGUGUACGACCGACUGGCUCAUGCAUCUAUCAUGAGACUGAACCAGGCAAGCAUGGAUAAGCUAUAUGACCUUAUGACUAUGGCUUUCAAAUACCAAGUUCUGCUCUGUCCUCGACCCAAAGACAUACUGCUAGUCACUUUCAAUCAUCUGGAUGCUAUCAAGGAUUUUGUACGGGACGCCCCUAACAUUCUUAACCAAGUGGAUGAAACAUUUCGGCAGCUAAUUGAUAUGUACACUUGUCUCUCUGCUGGUGAAUUUCAACUGAUCAGGCAAACACUCCUAAUUUUCUUUCAGGACAUGCACAUCAGGGUCUCCAUCUUUCUAAAGGAUAAGGUACAAAACUCGAAUGGUCGCUUUGUGCUGCCAAUAUCCGGUCCUGUUCCAUGGGGAACAGAAGUUCCAGGACUCAUCAGGAUGUUUAAUUGCAAUGGAGAUGAAGUUAAACGAGUUGAAUUCACCACUGGUGGAAAUUAUGUCAGUCCACAAAGGGAAGGUUCAUUUGAUCUUUAUGGAGACAGAGUGCUUAAACUGGGAACAAACAUGUACAGUGUUAGUCGACCAGUAGAGACACACAUGUCAGGAGCAUCCAAGAAUUUGGCAUCUCACACAAAGGAAAAUGCAGCCCCCAACCCCCUUGCUAAAGAAGAACUGAACUUUUUGGCUAGAUUAAUGGGAGGCCUGGAGAUCAAGAAACCCAAUGGCAGUGAGCCAGGAUUCCGAUUAAACCUAUUCACAACAGAUGAGGAGGAAGAAUAUGCAGCACUGACCAGACCUGAAGAGUUAUCUUACAAAGUUAUCAACAUACAAGCAACCCAGGACCAGCAACAGAAUAAGGAGCUGGCUCGAAUCAUGGGAGAGUUUGAGGUGGCAGAUCAGCCCAGUCAGAGCAUAAGCAAGGGAGAUGAUUUACUGGCUAUGAUGGAUGAAUUAUGAUACUCUGAUUCCCAGAGGCAGAAGAAGAAGCUGUUUAUUUACUCGCUCACAAUUUGACGCAGACAGAAACCUGCUGCUAGUCUCCUGCCACAUGGAGCUGUUACAAAUCCUGUUUGUGUCAUGACUGAUUGCACAGGCCAGUCUCAGUUCCCAGAAACACAGGCUGGGUGGCACUGGUACAUGUUCUACCAAAACCACUGAUGUUAAAUGUGACUUUUCAAAAUUUGACUUUCAUUUUCUGUAAAAACUCUAGAUUGUUCCAUGCCUUAGACUUAGAUGAUUGAGUAAUUUAAAGGAAAGGGGAAGUGUUCCGCUCUUACCCUUUGCAAGGGGAAAUCUGGAUACUUUUGGUACCAUUUAUAAUGGGAAAUGUGAAGCUUGGUGUAAUAUAUAGUAGUUUGUGCUUGGUUUUUAAGCACUCUUGGAAGGAACAGCCCUUUCUCUAUGCCAGUCAAGGCCAGAGAAGAUUGUGUUCGCUUGAAUUCAUGUAGCUAGCUCUCUGUUCACCAUUAAAUAGUAGCAGCCUCUUUUUUGCUGCACUCAGGCCUAGAAAUGACCUGCUAUCAAAGUGUCUUAUUUGUGUUUCUAUGUAUGUAAUGUAUAUUUUUUUCACUUUUCAAUAAGGUGCAGUACCAUACUUCACUAUUUGUUUCUGCUCCCACCACAAAACAGGGGACUUCUGCAUAAGAGCUCUUCAGAAAUAUUUUCCUGGGUGCAGAGGCUUUUCUGCUUUAGAAAUUCUAUGACAAUAAAUCUGUUGCACUGAG